CAAGGUCUGCCAACCGCAAAGGUGGCCUUCUGUGUCGAUGCCCUGUCAAGAUGUCUCCCCGCAAGCUCUCGCCGUAACGUACUCGCUUAGCAUGUAGGUCCCGUCGCUGCGGCGAGAAGCGAGGGAAACUAAACAACAGCAAAAGAAAGCGAAGAGCCGGAAUCGCCGCAAAGCCUCGCCGUCUCCCCCCUACCUCCGUUCCUCUGAUCUCCGCCGGCUCGGCUGAACACCACUACGCUUUGGAAGACGAUUUUUUGGGGGAGCUCAGUCAUGAGCUGAUCAUCGUGGCGAGGGCGAGCGUUCGUUGGCGGCGCACGUCAUCGCAGUGUUCAAGGGAGCCUGUGUUUCGUGGAGGGCGGGCAUGGAUGGGGACUGGCCAGCCUCCCACGCCAGCUGUCACCACUUCCAGACGGCCAGACACGCCAGCUGAGUGACGGUGCAGCCCGUAGUGUGCCACCAGCAUGGGCAACCUCAACUGCCUCACGUCGCCAGAUGCCCGGGUGUCACACGAUGGCACCUCGCGGCACGGCGACGACGGCCUGGACAAGACCGGCGUCGACAGCACAGCGAUGCACCAGGUCUCGGGCAGCACUGCCGACAACAACGGCGGCUUGCGGCCGCACGACGGCCGCUACACCAAGGCACCGGUGGGGGCCGUGGCGGUGUUGCCGACAAACGGGCCCCACCUGCACCACGAGGGGCUGCCCCCGAGGGUGCCCAACAUCGCCGGCUCAGCUCAGGGCAAGGUGGUAGUGGCCCUUUACACCUACAAUGCGAGGGAUGAUGGUGAUCUCAGCUUUAGGAAGGGAGACCGGCUUCAGAUUCUCAACGACAGUGAUCCGGACUGGUGGCAUGCCAAACAGCUCAACGGCCCACAGACUGGCUACAUUCCACAGAACUACGUGGCAUUUGAGAAGACCGUAGAGAGUGAAGACUGGUUCUUCGGCAAGGUAUCGCGGAAGGACGCCGAGAAGAUGCUCAUGCUCGCCUCCAAUCCGAGGGGCACGUUCCUCAUUCGAAACAGCGAGCAGACAACAGGGGCGUUCUCGCUGUCGAUCCGCGACUUCGAGCCAACCAAGGGGGACCACGUGAAGCACUACAAGGUGAAGACCAUGGACAAUGGUGGCUUCUUUGUCACCACCAAGAAGACCUUCUCCACCCUCCAAGAGCUCAUCUCCUACUACAUGGAAGGUGCAAAUGGCUUGUGCCACAAGCUCACAAUCGCGUGCCCCAAGCCCAAGCCCGUGGUCUGGGACCUGUCGCCAGAGACACGCGACGAGUGGGAGAUCCCACGCAGCUCGGUGCAGCUCAUCCGAAAGUUGGGAAGUGGCAACUUUGGCGAGGUCUGGUACGGUUUAUGGAAGGGCAGCACGGAGGUGGCGAUCAAGACUCUAAAGCCGGGCACGAUGGACCCGGCGGCGUUCCUCCAGGAGGCGGCCAUCAUGAAGAAGUUCCGCCACGAGAAGCUGGUCUCUCUGUAUGCCGUCUGCUCCAAGGAGGAGCCCAUCUACAUCGUCACCGAGUACAUGGCCCACGGCUCGCUGCUCGAGCACCUGCGCGGACGCGAUGGCCGCGGGCUCAAGCUGCCCGCACUCAUAGACAUGGCCGCACAGAUUGCCAGCGGCAUGGCUUACCUGGAGAGCAAGCAGUUGAUCCACCGUGACCUGGCUGCACGUAACAUUCUCGUCGGUGAGAACAACGUGGUCAAGGUCGCGGACUUUGGACUGGCCAGAAUCAUCGAAGACUCCGAGUACACCGCAAGGCAAGGUGCCAAGUUCCCCAUCAAGUGGACGGCCCCCGAGGCAGCCCUGUACGGCAAGUUUUCCAUAAAGUCCGACGUGUGGUCCUACGGCAUCUUGCUUUACGAACUCAUCACCCAUGGGCAGAUCCCUUACCCGGCAAUGCCCAACCGGCAGGUGAUAGAGUACGUGGACCGGGGUUACCGGAUGCCCAAGCCGACCAACUCUGAAUGUCCGGACUCUGUCUACAACAUCAUGCUCAACUGCUGGGAGGCCGACCCCGAGAAGCGGCCCACGUUCGAGUACCUUUUCGGCUUCUUCGACGAUUACUUCGUCUCCACUGAGCCCAGCUACAGGGACGCCGAGGACUUCUGAAUUGGUAGUGAGUGUCAGGUGCAGUUGUGCGGGAGACAUCUGUAAUGUGCAUUUCGGAGGUCGGUGCACCAACAGUUGCCCGGAGGUCAUGAGACAGCAGGAACGUGAGUCGCACCAGUGGUGCACGGACUUCCAUCGGCUCAAUCCUAGAGCGAAACAGCCAGAAGACAACAGAAGCAGUCUAGUUGUGUAUUUUCUAGGGCUUUCGCGUGCUUUAUGGUUUGCACAAACUCAUCAUACAUCAACCAGAUGAAGUUCAAUGCAUGCACUCUGUUUACAUUAAUGCAGCCUUGGAUUUCAUUGGCUCAGUCCUAAACGAAAGUCGGGACACAUCAGCAAGUCUCAUCUUGUAUAAUCAAUGGCCUUUGUGUAGACUUUGCGAACUCUGUAGGUUGCCUUGAUUUGUGUGAAGGCCUCGUACAUCAACUGAAUGGAAGUGAGUAAUUGCAUUGGUCUUAUAUUGGUAUGACUUUGGCUUCCAUCAACUCAAUCAGAGUGAGACGGCCAGAAGGCAUUAGAAACACUCUUGUAUAUUGUCAAGGGCUUUUGGCGUGGACAUUGCAAAUGUGUAGAUUGCCUCGGUUUGCGUGAAGACCUGAUACAUCAACCGGAUGGAGGUGAAUGAGUGCAUUGUUUUCAUAUUGUUAUAACCUAGGCUUCUGUUGGCUCAGCUCUAAGAUGUAACAACCAGGAGACACUAUAAGCAGUCUUGUAAUGGUGAUCCCAAAGGCCCUUGUGUAUACUUCACACACUUUGGUUUGAGCUUCACACAUCAUCCAGAUGGUGUUGAAGCUAAUGCGAAAAAAU